CCAGUAAGUAAGUAAGUAAGUUGCACAGUUGACGUCAACCAAAUCUGAUGAACUGUGAGACUAGUACAAUCAUGGAUACUCUACAUCUGUUCAUAGCAGCCACACUAGCACUGGUUGCUACUGCACAAGGUGUCAGCAAUUGCACUAAUGGAGAUGUUGAGCUUAUCCAGGACCCAGCUGAUACUAGUAUAGUUGGGUAUGUUCAAUACUGCUUCAGAGGUGAAUGGGGGAGAGUAUGUAGAGAGUCUGGAUACAUGACAUUGUGGGAUGUCAGUGAAGCUGCAGUUGCUUGUAGGCAGCUGGGAUAUAGAUCUACAGGAUAUGCAUAUGUAAGUCAUGAUAACACCUGGACUGGAGGAUUUGUCUCCUUGAGUUGUAUGAAUGGUUCGGAGAGCUCCCUCGAAGACUGUGAUCCGUUUAGAAUUAUAACUAGCAGAGAGGAUACCUGUAAGAGUGGAAAUCAUGCAAGGCUACUCUGUGAGCCAGCUAACUGCACUGAUGGAGCCAUAAGACUGGUGGGUGGAUCCACUGACAGAGAGGGACGAGUGGAGGUGUGUGUGGGUGGUCGCUGGGGAACUGUUCAAACAAAUCAGUCUUUGGAAGUUGCUGAAAUUGUUUGCAGAAGCCAAUCACAAAUACUGGACUUCUACAACACAUCACAUAGUCGCGUUUCACGGUUUGGCUACAGUCUCUCAAAGCCUGUCUACAAUUGCUCUAAAAAAAACACUAAUGGAGGACUGGAAUGUGUAACCUCAACAAUCCCUGACGACCAUACCAGGGACCUUGGAGUUUCUUGUGAAUCAGAACACAAUGUGCUAAUGUGCCCUGACCAUCAAAGUGGUCAGUUCCGACUAGUGGAUGGGAGGAGCCACAAUGAAGGCAGACUGGAGGUGUGUGUUGGCGGUCAGUGGAGAGGGGUCAGCACUACUAGUCUGAGCAACACAACAGCUGGAGAGAUUUGCACUCGACUGGGCUUCUCUGCAGAUGAAUCCACUGUGAUGAGUUUUGAACCAACUAAAGGAGAUGUGUACUGUUGUAAUAAUGAACUCCACUGCACCCAAUGCAAUCAGAUAAUGAGCGCUGGUCUCAAGUGUCGUACACAUAAAAGUACAAACAGUACAGUCAUCACAGUGUGGGGGGCCACAGUUGGUGUUCUGUUGGUACUGCUAUUAGUGACAGUUGUUGCACUGGUAAAUACUUGUGUUGCUUUAAGAAGGAAGAACAAGCAAAGCAGUACACAAUUAGGAGAGUCGUACCCAAGGGAUAAUCGUCAAGACAACCCAGAUGGUAAAGGUUCAGUGACAGUGCCUGUCCCCAGUACAAAAGUGAACCCAGCUUAUGAUGCAGUCAAGUACACUCAAGGAGAGGAGACCUACGAAACUGUGAAUUAGAUUAUGCAUGGAUCCUGAACACAUGAAUCGUGCAAAUAGUUCCAUGCAAUAGAGUGUCUUCACAUUAUAUUAUUAUGAUGCAUGGUACUUGACCGUCGUAAGCUAUUUGCUGUUUGUAUUACAGGUAGCUAAAUAACUUCCUGCAGGUU